CAAGCAAUAGAAAAAUCUCAACUCAACCAUAAAGGAAAAUACAACUAUGGAAAUCAAUGCUGCUGAAGCUGCUACUAAUCGCUCCUAUGAAGAUUUUGAACCUUAUUGCAAAUGGCUUACACAGGAAGGACAAGCGAUUCUUGAGAUUCAUUUGAAGGGCUUCAAAAAGGAGCAACUUAAGGUUGAAACCGACAACUGGGGAACACUAAAAAUUUAUGGAGAAAGGCCUGUGAAUGCGACCAAUAACAAAUGGUGCCGUUUCCAGAAAGAAAUUAAGAUCUCAAUAGGGAGUGAUACGAAGGCAAUUCGUGCAAAGUUUUCUCAUGGCCUUCUCUUCAUUGCCAUGCCUAAAGAAGCAGUAAGGGAGCUUUUCAUCUAUGGGGCAGAAACAAGAAACAGAACAAAUGCUAUCAAAGUGGCAAUUGCUGUAGUGUUUGUGGUGGCACUCGGGACUUACAUAGCUCGAAGAGUAUAUAAUGAUGAAAGUAUUCAGUUAAUUAGCUAGAACAUCAAAAUUGAAAUGUGGGGUGUUAAAAAAUCAGGAUAUGUAUUCUAUGCUGAUAAUGCAUGGCAGAGGAAUGUUUGCUUUCAGAAUGGUUUUCUGUGGCAAUGAGAAAAAGUGAGUAAGGUGUUCAUAUUUUUAUGUUUUCUUGUAACAUAUACAUACCUUCGAAGAAGAAUAAUAAUAAUAAUAAAGUGUGCUUGGGAUCACACAAUA